CUCCUAUUGACAUUCGUAAUGCCUUCAAAAUCUUGCUUCCCACAUCCAUUCUGGAAAAAUAGAGUGCUUGACAACUGGGUUUAGAAGCUUAAGACGCACAACUUCUUCUUUGAACAAAGGUUUUAAAUCUUGUUCAUCGCCAUAUACGCGUAUACAGAAGAAUGAGCUACAGAUGCUUGGAAGGUCUUGCUUAGGUUAGUGAAAAUGUACGAUUCUGUACUUGGUAGAAGCUUUAGCAAGCAAGAGCAGAAGAAGUUGGGAUCCUGGGCAUUGGUUGCUUGCCUGUUCAUUGCAUUGAGUUUCUUCACCAACUUUAAGCCUUUCUUGGGCCCUCUAUCAGUUUUGAAUUUGAGGUUAUCAAUGGAAGAAGAUGAGAAGCUUCAUCCUUUUAGUGAUACAGACAGCUCUUUGCUGAUAGCCAACGAAACUCUAGGCAGCAGCAGUUCAACUGUCAAAGAUACAAGCAGCUCGCAUGAAAAAGCAGAAAUUAUGAUGAGUACAUUAAUUGUCAAUGAUACAGACAGCUCUCAUGGAGAAUCAGAAAUUCGGGAUGCUGAAAUUAUAAUGAAUAGUACCUCAAUUGACAAUGCUACAAGCAGAUCUCAGAAGGAAUUUAAGGAAAGUCAUACACAGAACAUGAAAAUCAAUGAUACAAGCAACUCCCCACCGUUAGUCAAAGAAAAGGAUAUUUAUAUGGUCAACAAUACAAACAGCUCUCUUCCAAAAGCAGCAGAUGCAGAUGUUGUAACAAAGAACACAAUCGAGCCUCUAUGCACUCUUAUGGGUAGAUCAGAUUUCUGCGAGAUUAAAGGGGACAUCAGGAUUGAUGGAAAAUCCUACACUGUUUUUAUAGUCUCAUCUGAAACUGACAUCCUGACAGCAGAGAAUACUUCAUGGAGUAUUAGGCCUUAUGCGCGAAAAGGUGACCAAGCUGCAAUGGGUGCGGUUAGGGAAUGGACAGUAAAACUUGUGACCGGUGCCUCAGAUAUCCCUCGAUGCACUCAAAAUCAUAGUGUUCCGGCAAUCCUUUUUUCGGCUGGAGGAUAUGCAGGAAACCAUUUUCAUGCCUUCACUGACGUAAUUCUUCCUCUGUUCUUGACAUCUAGACCCUACAAUGGAGAAGUACAAUUUCUUAUUACCAACGGUUGGCCUGCGUGGAUUUGCAAGUUCAAAACAAUAAUGAAAGCGCUCUCUAGAUAUCAGCUGAUCAGCAUUGAUAACAGCCAAGAUAUACAUUGCUACGAUAGUAUGACAGUCGGCCUCAAACGUCAAACCAACAAGGAGCUCAGUAUUGAACCUGAUCCUUCAUGUUCUCCAUAUUCCAUGAAGGACUUCAGGAAGUUUCUAAGAAGUUCCUACUCUUUAAAGAAAACAAUGGCAACUAAAAUCAGGAACGGUUCAAAGAAAAGGCCAAGGCUUCUAAUCAUUUCCAGAAAGAGAUCGCGAGCUUUUACAAAUGUUGGUGAAAUAGUUACCAUGGCUAAAAGAUUGGGAUACAGGGUAGUCGUAGCGGAACCUGAUGCAGAUGUAUCAGGAUUUGCACAGAUUAUUAAUUCCUGCGAUGUGGUGAUGGGAGUUCAUGGUGCUGGUCUAACCAACAUUGUUUUCCUUCCUGAAAAUGCAGUGCUAGUCCAAGUAAUUCCCUUCGGAGGAACAGAAUGGCUGUCAAGAACUUACUUCGAAGAGCCUGCAAAGGGGAUGAACAUAAGAUACUUGGGCUACAAAAUCAGAGUAGAAGAGAGCACUUUGAUACAGCAAUACCCAGCAGACCAUGUAGUUUUGAGGGAUCCCUCUGCAAUUUGGAAACAGGGCUGGUCUGCAGUUGAGUCAAUAUAUUUACGUCAGCAAAACGUAACCCUAGAUGUGAAUAGGUUUAGACCCACUCUGGUAAAAGCUUUAGACCUUUUGCAUCAGUGAAUAUGCUACAUUUUUUUCAGGAUACAGAGUCUUCUUUGCCUCAUUACCUCAGUUUUCAAAUUAUAUAUAUUCAGUUCUUACAGCAGUCUUCUUCUUUUUCUGUUCUUUAUUUAACAAAAAGGAGAUUCCAGCUCCAGGUUUAGAUAAAAAAAGAUUUGAUCCAUGUAUAAAUAAUGGUUUGUAGCAUCACUAAACUUGUACAAGGUAGCAUUGCUCAU